UGGAAAGCCCUUUGGAAACAGCCUCUUUCAUAUGGAGGAUGGUGAGCCAUAUUGUGAGAAAGAUUAUAUUGCACUCUUCAGCACAAAGUGCCAUGGCUGUGACUUCCCAGUUGAGGCAGGAGACAAAUUUAUUGAAGCUCUUGGCUACACAUGGCAUGAUACCUGCUUUGUUUGUACGGUGUGCCAUGUGAACCUGGAAGGACAGCCUUUCUAUUCCAAGAAAGACAAGCCCUUAUGCAAAAAGCAUGCACAUGCCAUCAAUGUGUAACUGCUUCAACAUUGCAUCAAAAGCUGUCAGUGAAGGAACUAAAUGCAAUUGUUACAUCUGCAUGUGUGGUUUUAUGGCAAGACAUCAGUGCCAAUCCAAAUGACACAAAAAAUAAUAUAAAAGAUAUACAGUAUAUAGUUUAUUAAACAGCAUAUUAGUAAGCAAGUGACUGAAUGAUACAUAAACUAGGCUAUUUGACAUUUUUAAUCCAAAUCCAAUGUGCACAUAUAAUUCAAGUUCAUUCUUUGUUUUUAGAAUAACCCUAAUACAUUUA